GCUGAGGCAGAGGCAGGAAAGGAACCAUGUUCCCAGCUUGCCCUUGCCUCUGGGUCCUCGUGGUCCUGGGCUCCAGCUGGGCAGGCUGGGGGAGCCUAGGGGCUGAAGCAGCGCGGCUAAGGCAGUUCUACGUGGCUGCUCAGAGCAUCAGCUGGAACUAUCUCCCCGAGUCCACAAACCUUAGUUCGAAUACUUUUGCAACCUCCUUUAAGAAAAUUGUCUACAGAGAGUAUGAAGCAUAUUUUCAGAAAGAAAAACCACGAUCCAGAACUUCAGGACUUCUUGGGCCUACUUUAUAUGCUGAAGUUGGAGACAUCAUGAAAGUUCACUUUAAGAAUAAGGCAGACAAACCCUUAAGCAUCCAUCCUCAAGGAAUUAAGUACAGUAAAUUCUCAGAAGGUGCUUCUUACCCUGACCACACAUUCCCUGUGGAGAGGAUGGAUGAUUCUGUAGCUCCGGGCCAAGAAUAUACCUAUGAGUGGAAUAUCAGUGAGGACAGUGGGCCCACCCACGAUGACCCUCCAUGCCUCACAUAUAUCUAUUACUCCUAUGAAAAUCUGGUACACGACUUCAACUCUGGACUGAUUGGACCUCUGCUUAUUUGUAAGAAAGGCACCCUAACUGAGGAUGGGAUACAGAAGAUGUUUGACAAGCAACAUGUACUGAUGUUUGCUGUGUUUGAUGAAAGUAAAAGCUGGAACCAGACAUCAUCCCUAAUGUACACAGUCAAUGGCUAUGUGAAUGGGACAAUGCCAGAUAUAACAGUUUGUGUCCAUGACCACAUCAGUUGGCAUCUGAUUGGAAUGAGCUCUGGGCCAGAACUGUUCUCCAUUCAUUUCAAUGGCCAGGUCCUGGAAGAGAACCAUCAUAAGAUGUCAGCCAUCACUCUCGUCAGUGCUACGUCCACAACUGCAAACAUGACUGUGAGCCUAGAGGGAAAGUGGAUCAUAUCUUCGCUCAUCCCAAAACAUUUUCAAGCUGGGAUGCAGGCUUACAUAGACAUUAAAAACUGUGCAAAGAAAACCAGGAAUCCUAAGAAACUAACUCGAGACCAGAGGCGGCACAUUAAGAGAUGGGAAUACUUCAUUGCUGCAGAGGAAGUCAUUUGGGACUAUGCACCUAUAAUACCAGCAAACAUGGACAAAAAGUACAGAUCUCUGCAUUUGGAUAAUUUCUCAAACCAAAUUGGAAAACAUUAUAAGAAGGUUGUCUACAAACAGUACCAAGAUGCAUCCUUCACCAAACGCCUGGAGAAUCCCAAUGUCAAAGAAGAUGGGAUCUUGGGCCCUAUUAUCAGAGCCCAGGUCAGAGACACACUUAAAAUCAUGUUCAAAAAUAUGGCCAGCCGCAGCUACAGCAUUUACCCUCAUGGUGUGACCUUCUCUCCUUAUGAAGAUGAAGUCAACUCUUCCUUCGCCUCAGGCAGUAACACCAUGAUCAAAGCAGUUCAACCAGGGGAAACCUAUACUUAUAAGUGGAACAUCCUAGAGUCUGAUGAACCCAUGGAAAAUGAUGCUCAAUGCUUAACAAGACCAUACUACAGUAAUGUGGACAUCACAAGGGACAUUGCCUCUGGGCUGAUAGGGCUAGUUCUAAUUUGUAAGAGCAGAUCCUUGGAUAAGCGAGGCAUACAGAGGACAGCAGACAUCGAGCAACAGGCUGUGUUUGCUGUGUUUGAUGAGAACAAGAGCUGGUACAUUGAGGACAACAUCUACAAGUUUUGUGAAAAUCCUGAGAAGGUGAAACGUGAUGACCCCAAGUUUUAUGAGUCAAACAUCAUGAGCACUAUCAAUGGCUAUGUGCCUGAGAGCAUACCCACACUAGGAUUCUGCUUUGAUGACACCGUCCAGUGGCACUUCUGCAGUAUGGGAACCCAGAAUGACAUUUUGACCAUUCACUUCACUGGGCACUCAUUCAUCUAUGGAAAGAAACAUGAGGACACCUUGACCCUCUUCCCCAUGCGUGGGGAAUCUGUGACCGUCACAAUGGAUAACGUUGGAACUUGGAUGUUAACUACCAUGAAUUCCAAUCCAAGAAGCAAAAAACUGUGGCUGAGAUUCAGGGAUGUUAAGUGUAUCCGGGAGUAUGAUGAUGACUCAUAUGAGAUUAUAUACGAACCUUCAGGAUCUACAUCCAAAACUACAAGGAAAAUGCGUGAUUCUUCAGAAAUCAAAGAUAAAACUAAUGAUGCUGACUAUGAUUACCAGAACACACUGGCUUUAUUAUUAGGAAUCAGGUCAUUCAGAAAUUCAUCAUCAAAUCAGGAGGAAGAUGAGUUCAAUCUUACUGCCCUGGCUCUGGGGAACAACUCUGAAUUCAUUCCUCCAAGUACCAACACAACUGUUGGUUCAAAUUCUUCUUCCCCAGGUAACAUUAGCAGGCUUAUUGCCAAUAACUUUGCACAACUUUUGAAAAUUCUUCCUCACUCAGAAGCCACCACAGCUGGUCCCCCACUGGGACACACCAGCUUAGAUAAGAACUCAGUUCUCAACCCUCCCACAGCAGAGCAUUCCAGCCCUUAUUCUGAAGAUCCUCUAUACUCAGAUGUCACAGGGAUAAGCCUGCUUCCAUUUGCUACAGAAGAAUUCAGAAAUCAAGAACAUGCUAAACGUAAAAGAUUCAAGGCAGGAAGAGGCCGAGCAGCAAAGCAAAGGUUCUCCCAGAUGGAAUUCCUAGCACGUAAAACUGGUAGACAUUUAAGCAAAGGCAACUCUUCUUCUUCCAGAAUAGGGCCCUGGGAGAACCUUCCCAGUGAUCUGUUACUCUUGCAACAAAAGGAUCCAUCUAAGAUUCUGAAUGGGGAAUGGCAUUUGGUUUCUGAGAAAGGCAGUUAUGAAAUAAUCCAAGAUGCUGAUGAAGACAAGGCUGUUAAUAAGCUGCCAAACAGCCCCCAGAAUGACUCAAGGACUUGGGGAGAAAACAUCCCUUUUAAAAACAAGCAUGGAAAGCAGAGUGGCCACCCAACGUUUUUUGUAAUUAGACAUAAACCUCUACAAGGAAGACAAGAUGGAGGAAAUAGUAGAUUGAAGAAAGGCCUUUUUUUAAUUAGGACACGAAGAAAGAAAAAGGAAGAGAAGCCUGCACACCAUGUUCCUCUAUCUCCAAGGAGUUUUUACCCUCUAAGAGUAGAGGCCAACACCCCAUCUUCAGAUGGGAGACAUAAUCAUUCAUUGUUACUCCAUACAUCCAAUGAAACAUCUCUUCCCACAGACCUCAAUCAGACAUUCCCCUCUAUGAACCUUAGCCUCAUAGCCUCACUUCCUGAUGGUGAUCAAAACCCCCCAAAUGACACCAUUCAGACAAGCUCCCCUCCAGAUCUUUAUCAGACAGUGAGCCCAGAGGAACACUAUCAAACAUUCCCUAUUCAAGACUCUGAUCCAACGCACUCCACUACAGUCCCCAGUCACAGAUAUCCUCCUCCAGAGCCCAGCCAGAUACCCGACUAUGACCUAAGAAACAAGGCCUUUCCUACUGAUGUUAGUCAAACGUUCCCUUCCUUGGAACUUGAAGUCUGGCAGACAACCACCUCUCUAGACCUCAGUCAGCCAUCCCUCUAUCCAGAUCUCAGCCAGACCACCCUUUCUCCAGACCCUGGCCAGGAGACUCUCUCUCCAGACCUCAGCCAGACAACACUUUCCCCAGACCUUGGCCAGGAGACUCUCUCUCCAGACCUCAGCCAGACAACACUUUCCCCAGACCUUGGCCAGGAGACUCUCUCUCCAGACCUCAGCCAGACAACACUUUCCCCAGUUCUUAGCCAGGAGACUCUCUCUCCAGACCUCAGCCAGAUGGCCCUUUCCCCACACCCUGGCCAGGAGACGCUUUCUCCAGACUUCAGCCAGACAACACUUUCCCCAGACCUUAGUCAGGAGACUCUCUCUCCAGACCUCGGACAGAUAGCCCUUUCCCCAGACCUUGGCCAGGAGACUCUCUCUCCAGACCUCAGCCAGACAACAUUUUCCCCAGACUUCAGCCAGACUAUCUCUCCAGACCUCAGACAGGAGACUCUCUCUCCAGGCCUCAACCAGACAGCCCUUUCCCCAGACCUUAGCCAGGAGACUCUCUCUCCAGACCUCAGCCAGACAACAUUUUCCCCAGACCUUAGCCAGGAGACUCUCUCUCCAGACCUCAGCCCGAUGGCCCUUUCGCCAGACCUUGGCCAGGAGACUCUCUCUCCAGACCUCAGCCAGACAACGCUUUCCCCAGACCUCAGCCAGGCUCUCUCUCCAGACAUCAGACAGAUGGUCCUUUCCCCAGACCUCAGCCAGGAGAUUCUCUCUCCAGACCUCAGCCAGACAACACCUUCCCCAGACCUUGGCCAGGAGACUCUCUCUGCAGACCUCAGCCAGACAACACUUUCCCCAGACCUUGGCCAGGAGACUCUCUCUGCAGACCUCAGCCAGACAACACUUUCCCCAGACCUCGGCCAGGAGACUCUCUCUCCAGACCUCAGCCAGACAACACUUUCCCCAGACCUUGGCCAGGAGACUCUCUCUCCAGACCUCAGCCAGACAACACUUUCCCCAGACCUCAGCCAGGCUCUCUCUCCAGACAUCAGCCAGAUGGUCCUUUCCCCAGACCUCAGUCAGAUGCCACUUUCCCCAGACCUCAACCAGGCAACUCUCUCUCCAGACAUCAGUCAGACAUCCCUUCCUCUUGAUCUCAGGCAGACAUCACCUCCUCUAGAUCUCCAUCAGACAUCCCACACUUCUGAAUUUAGUCAGUCAUUGCCUCUCCCAGAAUUUGGUCAGACUUUCCCUUAUGCAGAUCUUGGUCAGAUGCCAUCUCCUCCACCACACUCUCCACUAAAUAACACUUUUAUACCAAGAGAAUUUAAUCCACUGGUCAUAGUAGGCCUCAGUAGAGAUGAUGGAGAUUACAUUGAAAUUAUUCCAAGGCAGAAGGAAGAGAGCAGUGAAGAAGACUAUAGUGAAUUUGAUUUUGUGGCUUAUGAUGACCCUUACCAAACUGAUCUUAGGACAGACAUCAACUCCUCCAGAAAUCCUGACAACAUUGCAGCAUGGUACCUUCGCAGCAACAAUGGAAACAGAAAAAAUUAUUACAUUGCUGCUGAAGAACUAUCCUGGGAUUAUUCAAAAUUUGCACAAAGUGAAGACACUGAUGAUGUUUCAAAGGACACCAUAUACAAGAAAGUAGUUUUUCGAAAGUACCUUGAUAGCACUUUUAAAAAGCUUGAUCCUCGGGGAGAGUAUGAAGAGCAUCUUGGCAUACUUGGUCCUAUCAUUAGAGCUGAAGUGGAUGAUGUUAUCCAAGUUCGUUUUAAAAACUUAGCAUCCAGACCAUAUUCUCUUCAUGCCCAUGGGCUUUCCUAUGAAAAAUCAUCAGAGGGAAAGACUUAUGAAGAUGACUCUCCUGAAUGGUUUAAGGAAGACAAUGCUGUUCAGCCCAACAGCACUUAUACAUAUGUAUGGCACGCCACUGAGCGAUCAGGGCCAGAAAAUCCUGGCUCUGCCUGUCGGGCUUGGGCCUACUACUCAGCAGUGAACCCGGAAAAAGACAUCCACUCAGGCUUGAUAGGACCCCUUCUGAUCUGCCGAAAAGGAACACUUCAUAAGGAGACCAACAUGCCUGUGGACAUGAGAGAAUUUGUCCUACUUUUUAUGGUCUUUGAUGAAAAGAAGAGCUGGUACUAUGAAAAGAAGCCCAUGAGGUCUUGGAGACGCACAUCCUCAGAAGUAAAAAACUCCCAUGAGUUUCAUGCCAUUAAUGGGAUGAUCUACAACUUGCCUGGCCUGAGAAUGUACGAGCAAGAGUGGGUGAGGUUGCACCUGCUGAAUGUAGGCGGCUCCCAGGACAUUCAUGUGGUUCACUUUCAUGGCCAGACCUUGCUGGAAAAUGGCACUCAACAGUACCAGUUAGGGGUCUGGCCUCUUCUGCCUGGUUCAUUUAAAACUCUUGAAAUGAAGGCUUCAAAACCUGGCUGGUGGCUCCUAGACACAGAAGUUGGAGAAAACCAGAGAGCAGGGAUGCAAACGCUAUUUCUCAUCACAGACAGAGACUGUAAAAUGCCAAUGGGACUAAGCACUGGUCUCAUAGCUGAUUCACAGAUCAAGGCUUCUGAGUUUUGGGGUUAUUGGGAACCCAAAUUAGCAAGACUAAACAAUGGUGGAUCAUAUAAUGCUUGGAUUGCAGAAAAACUUUCAGUAGAAUUUAACCCUAAACCUUGGAUCCAGGUAGACAUGCAAAGGGAAGUCCUGUUCACGGGGAUCCAGACCCAAGGUGCCAAACACUACCUGAAGUCUUACUACACCACCGAGUUCUUUGUGGCUUACAGCUCUGACCAGACAAACUGGCGGAUCUUCAAAGGGAACAGCACUAGGAACGUGAUGUAUUUUAAUGGCAAUUCAGAUGCCUCUACAAUAAAAGAGAAUCAGUUUGACCCACCUGUUGUGGCUAGAUAUAUUAGAAUCUCUCCAACUAAAUCCUAUAACAAACCUGCCCUUCGAUUGGAACUGCAAGGUUGCGAGGUUAACGGAUGCUCCACACCUCUGGGUAUGGAAAGUGGAAAGAUAGAAGACAAGCAAAUCACAGCUUCCUCAUUUAAAAAAUCUUGGUGGGGAGAUUACUGGGAACCCUUCUGUGCCCGUCUUAAUGCCCAGGGCCGUGUGAAUGCCUGGCAAGCCAAGGCAAACAACAACAAUCAGUGGUUACAAAUUGAUCUGCUCAAAAUCAAGAAGAUAACAGCAAUUAUAACACAGGGUUGCAAGUCUCUGUCCUCUGAAAUGUAUGUGAAGAGCUACACCAUCCAGUACAGUGACCAGGGAGUUGAAUGGAAACCUUACAGAGAGAAAUCCUCGUUGGUGGACAAGAUUUUCGAAGGAAAUAAUAAUAUCAAAGGACAUGCAAAGAACUUUUUCAACCCACCAAUCAUUUCCAGGUUUAUACGCAUCAUUCCUAAAACAUGGAAUCAAAGCAUUGCACUUCGCCUGGAACUCUUUGGCUGUGAUAUUUAAUAGAAUUGAUUAUUCUAAAAGAUAGGAGGGACUCAAAGAUAUCAAACCAUUUAGAGUGGACAAUGUAUUUUAGAGCCAUUUUCAAUAUUAAAAUUUUUCCACUAUUUCUCUUUUUUCUAUUAGAGAAUAAAAUUUUAUAUGU